AUGAAUUCAACCGUAAUAUUCAUCGAGCGAUCAGCUCCAGCGACCAUCACCGACUUCUACGACGUUCUGGCCAAUGACUUGAUCUCGGUUAAGGAAAAGUGGUCGUUUGAAUUCAAAACUUUUCGUUUUACGGUGAAGAAUCUACCACCAGACAGUCCAAGGCUCAUGCAUUCCAUAACUUUUAGCCAUCACGGAAAUAAGACCGUAACUAUCAAAAAUAAGUCAGCAGUAGUGACAUCGACAAAUCCCGGAGACAUUCCUACAUCGCUUAUUCUGAAUGGAUGUUCUUCGCGUUCAAGUGAACCAUUUGACCACCUUCUCACGUCAAAACUUUCGAAUCUGUGGACCCAAAGGCAGAGCAUUAAAGGUGAUUUCGGUAGUACUUAUCAAACGGCCGAGCUGAUUAUAAGAGCAACAAAUGUGUUCUCAUAUGGUGGUUUCAAGGGACUGCUUAUCGAACUGGAAUGUGAAGAAAAUGUCCAAGACACUGACUUUGAGCAAAGGGUAGCGAAAAUACGAAAUUACUUGAAGGAAAUGGGCAUAGAGGACUACAAGAUAUGCGGUGACUCUAUAGAUCCGUUGAUGAAAAACUAUGCAUGCAAUUUGGCGUUUCAAUAUGUCAAGGUUUUAGAAUUUUAA